AUGUUUAAUAGCAAAGUAGAUGAAAAUUUCAAAUAAGUGAAAAUGAAUCCACUUAAUAAUUCAACUAGCAAAUAACUUUAUUCCUUUUCAAAAUCUCCUCGUUUCAAUUAUAAAGUUAAUGUAGAUUAAAAUUCUUCUUCAUUUUAUGAGAUCAAAGGCACUAUUGGUUCUCCUAAUAAAGGAGUUUCUUUUGGAUUAGGAACAAAAGUAGAUUUUUCAAAAUUAAGUGAUAAAACUCCAGGUCCAGGUUCUUAUAAAUUAGAAAAGGAAAAAACAUCUACAUAUUUAUAAAAACACACAAUGGGAAUAGGGAGAACUUACUUUAAAUAAAAGAAUGAUAUGCCAUCUGUAGGGAAAUAUAAUAUUGCAUCAAGCAUAAUUAAAAAUGAAAGAAUACCACAUUUUGGUUAAAAAAUUGCAAUGAGUAAAUGAAAUAACAAAUAGUAGAGGAUGAAACAUGUACUCCAGGUCCAGGGAAAUAUGAUAUUUAGUAUAAGGAGCAUUCUUAAUCAGUAAUUUACCAUCCAGUAUCAGGAAGAACAAGUCGUACACCUGAUUAUAUUCCUGGACCAUAAUAAUAUAGACCUAAGACAGAAUUAUCUGCAAGUUAUGUGAAUUCAAAUUGGUCAAAUUGCAAUGUACCAAAAUUUUCAAAGGAAGAAAGAUUUAAUAGUAAAUAAAGUAGUACACCAGGACCAGGGAAAUAUUAAAUACCAGGAGAAUUUGGUAUAUACUGAUUUAUAUGAAUAAUUAUAAAGUUUAUUUAAGAGUGAGACCAAUCGAUUAUGAUUAAUCUAUGCUAAGUAUAGAUUAGAAUGUUAUCUCUAUUAAGGUAUAUAUUUAUGAAAAAUAAUAACAGGAUCCAACAAAUAAAUAAGCAGAAUGGAAUUAAUAUCGUUAUGAUAAGAUUUUUCCAUCCUCUUCAACAUAAUAAGAAUUAUUUGAAAGUGUGUUUAGUUUUGAUUAUGAGAAUAAGAAUGGAUGUAUAAUAUCUUAUGGACAAUCUGGUAGUGGUAAAAGUUACUCUUUAUUUGGAAAUAUAUAAAAUCCAGGAAUUGUUCCAUUAUUAAUUUAAUAGUUACUAUAAAAAGGAUAGAAUGUUUAAGUGUCAUUUUAAGAGAUCUAUGUAGAUUAAAUAAAAGAUUUAAAUACAAAUCUAAUCACUGAAGAAUUUACAAAGCGAUAAAUAUUGUUAAUAAAUGAUUUUUGGGAAAUGAUCAAAAUUUUAAGAACCACUGAUAUCAAAAGAUAAAUGAGAACUCAUAUUAUACUUACAUUAGAGAUUAAUUAAAAUACUAAGUUAUAAUUUGUUGAUUUAGCAGGAUCUGAAAGAGUGGCAAAAAAUAUAACUGAAGGUGAAAAAUUUUAAGAAGCAAUAUUAAUUACUGCUAGUCAUUAAGUUCUUAAUCGUUGUUUAAAUUCUUUUAAUCAAAAUCCAAAUAAAAUAUUACCAAAAAAAGAAUCAAAAUUAACUUCAGCAUUAUUAAUUGAUAAUAAUACAUAAGUUGUAUUAAUUGGAGCAAUUAAUCCUAGUUAAUCAAAUUAUGAAGAAUGUUUAUUAACACUUUAAUAUUUAGAUAGAACUAAAAAUAUAUAAGUUACAAUUAAAAAACAAUAAUCUAUGUUAGGUUUUGAUAAUUAAGUUAAUAUUCAAUAAGAAAAAGAAAUAAAAAAAUUAAAAGAUGAAAUAGAAGAAUAUAAAAUAAAAAUUGAAUAAUUAAAUGCUGAUAGAAAAAAGAGAUUUCUUGAAUUAUAAAGACUUUUAGGUUUGGAUAUUGAUUUAGAAAGACUUUCUGCUAAAAAUGCAAAAGAUAUUACUAUAUUUAAAAACUAAUAAGAAGCAUUAUUAAAAAAUGUUAGUUUAUAAUAAUAAAUUGAUGAAUAUCAUUAUGAAAAUGCACAAUUAAAAAAAGAAAUUGAAGAUUUAAAAAAGGAUACACAUAAUAAAUUAGAAAGAUAUUAAUAAUAAAUUUUGGAGUAAAAAGAAAUUAAUAAAAAAUUAAAAGAUUAAUUAUAAUUGUCUAAAAUGAGUGGAGAUGAUGCAAUUCGAUUAUUAUCUUAAGAUAGAGAUUAAUUUAUUAAAAAAUUAUAAGAUGAAUCUAAAAAUUUAUUAGAAGAUAAAGUAGCUUCUAUACUUAAUCUUCCUUAAACAGCAUAAACUAAAAAUGUUGAAAAUUAAAAACUUUAAGAAUUGAAAAAAUUAAUUAAAACUGAAGUUGAAAAAGAAUUUAACAAAAGUUUAGAAAUUAUUAAAACUGAAUAUAAUAAAUCAUUAGAUCAUUAUAAAUUUUAGUAUGAAUAAAAAUUAAAUGCUAAAGUAGAAGAAAUUGAAAGUUUUCUUAAUUAAUUCAAAAAAUAUAGAGAAAAAAAGAAGUAAAAUAGUUUUAUAUAUAAUUUAGAUCAUAAAUUAAUGAAAUUGUUGAAGAAUUAUUAGAUUUAUAUGAUAUUAUAACAAAAUAAGGCAAAGUUAUUGAUAAAAUUGAAACAGGAGGAUAUAGUGGAGGAUUAAAAUCAUUUAGUAUUCCUAAAUAAGACAAACCUAAUUUACCUAAUAAAGUCAAACAUAAAAAGUAUGAACCUUAUUUUCUAAUUAUUUUUAGUUUAUUUCAUUUUUUAGAAACUAAAAGUGUUACUGCUACCUUGACUAAGAAAGCAUCAAAUGUAGAAAAAACAAUUAAAACAGCUACUAAAUAAUUAAGAUAAUCAUAAAGUUAAAUUAUUUUAGAAAUUGAUUAUAAUUAAUUGGACUCUAUAAAUUUUAUGUCUAUGGAUUUUAGUACUCUAAGGACAUAUGCAAAUAAAUUAAGAGAAAUGAUUAAAGAACUUCAAGAUUAAAUUACUGUCAAUUCAGAUAAAUUUAAAUAAUAGAUAGCAUAACUUUAAAGAGGUAUAAUUUCAACUUUUUAGAUUUCUUAAAGAACGAGAUGAUGCUUAAUAAAAAUAUAAUAUGGAAAGUAGAAAAUACAAUUAAACGAGAGUUGUUAUUGAAUCUUAAAAUAGAAUAUUAUCAAAGGUUAGGCCAUUAAGUUCAGUAUCAAGAAAAUAGUGA